UAUUACAAAAUAAAUAUUUUAAUAAAACACAAAGAAAUGGGUGGAGAUGCAAAAGAGUUUGGCCUUGUGUGGUGAUAACAAAAGAUAAAGCAAGUAGCCACAACAUGCUGCCACGUGGCAGAUAGGAUUCCAUGCCACACUAUUUCCACAAGCCAUACCAUAUACGAUCCAUCUUCAUCCCAAUAUCAAACAUUGCUUGUUAUUCAGUUCAGUUCACUAAAAAAAAAACACUUAAAACAAUGGCAGCUACAUCCGCAGCUCUGUCUAGUGCCAUGGUGAGCACCUCGUUUGUGAGGAGACAACCCACCACGACCUCAUUGAGGGCACUUCCCAACGUUGGUCAGGCACUUUUCGGGCUCAAGGCCAGCACAGGAAGCCGAGGAGGGCGUGUGACUGCCAUGGCAGCCUACAAGGUGAAGCUAAUCACACCCGAGGGGGAGACUGAGUUCGAGUGCCCUGACGACGUGUACGUGCUCGACCAAGCCGAGGAAAUGGGCCUGGACUUGCCUUACUCGUGCCGAGCAGGGUCUUGCUCGUCCUGCGUGGGAAAAGUUGUGAGUGGAGAUGUAGACCAGUCUGACAACAGCUUCCUCGAUGAUGAUCAGAUUGGUGAAGGUUGGGUUCUCACAUGUGUUGCUUACCCUCAGUCUGAUGUUGUCAUUGAGACUCACAAGGAGGAGGAACUUGCUUAAUUAAGUAACUAAAAAAACAAUUAUUAUCAUGUUUUAAUUUUUAUUAAUCUUGUUCAUCAUCAUUUUAUAUAUGUUUUUUGUGAAGAAAAGGAAAAAAAAAUGAAGUUUCAAUGCUUUGGUUGGUUGGACUGGCUCUCUUGGCUUUUUUUUUUCAUAGGAUAAGGUUUUCCCUUAUCUAUUGAAUGAGUUAUUACAUGUUUUUUUGGACAAAAAAACUGCCAUUUGUAGUAAUGAAAUAACUGAUAUUUUAGCUUGAUAAUGAAUGAUCCCUUUUUUCUUUA